AUGGUCCACCUUGGCGAGCUUCGCGACGAAGCCAACCAUUUUGUUGCAAUUAAGGAGUUUGGUAAAAUGCGACUGCGCCGCAACCUACGUGUGGCCCAGCACCGCAGGCCUCGAGAGCCAAACAAGAAGCCCGAAGUCAAAAAGGAAAACGAAGAUCCGCUCUACCUUGUCCGCACGGAGGUCGCUAUUAUGAAAAAGCUGCAUCACCCUAAUGUCAUUCGUUUGUUCGAGGUCCUCGACGACUCCGACAGAGAAGAGCUGUACAUGGUGUACGAGUACUGCUCGGGCGGUGUUGUGUACAACGUCAAGCCAGGCGAGCAAACCACCCCUCUCUCCGAAGAAAUGGCCCACAAGUAUUUCAUCCAGAUACUGAGCGGAAUUGACUAUCUUCAUGUGCACGGCAUUGUCCAUCGUGAUAUCAAGCCGGAUAACAUUUUGCUUACCCAGGGAGGCGAAACGUGCAAGAUGGUCGACUUUGGUGUCUCGGAAAUGUUUGUCAAACCCGGCGACGACACAAUGCGCCGGACCGCUGGAAGCCCCGCAUUUAUGAGUCCGGCGCUUUGUGAGGCAGGUCAUGGAGAGACGCACGGGUGUCCGGACGAUAUCUGGGCGUUUGGCGUGACGCUGUACUGCAUGGUCGUGGGACGUCUGCCUUUCUACAAAGAAAACUUGUAUGAUUUGUACGAGUCUGUGCAGCAUGACGAACUCCAGCUGGACGACCACCUCUCCCCCGAAUGCUGCGACCUGCUCAAGCGCAUGCUCGACAAAAACGAGAACACACGUAUUACGGUCCCAGAAAUGUACAAGCAUCCCUGGGUCUCGCCUAAAACCGGUGAGCCUAUUCCUACUUUGGAAGAGAUCGAAAAGAACAUGGUCGAAGAAAUUACCGAGGAGGAUGUGCAAUGCGCCAUUUGCCGCAUCUCCAGCGUGUUUGCCGUCGCGCGUGCCGUGUCCAAGUUCAAGCGCCACAGCACGAUGCGCCGCGACUCGGAAACCCCGUCGGAUAGCAGCGGAGGCUCCGUGCAACAGCUUCCCUAA